CUAAAAUAAUUAUUAAUUAUGAUAAAAGUGAUAAAAGUGAAAGUGAUUCAUCAUUCACUCAAGAAAAACGAGAUAAUAAAAAAGACCAUAAACAAGAUAAUAAACAAGAUAAUAAACAGGAUAAUAAACAGGAUAAUAAACAAGACAAUAAACAAGACAAUAAACGAGAUAGUAAACAAGAUAAUAAACAAGACAAUAAACGAGAAGCUAUACCUUAUAAAACAGUAAUUUUAAUAUGUGGACAUAAGAAAAGAGAUAUUAGAUGUGGAAUCGCUGGUCCAUUAUUAAAAGAAGAAUUUGAUAAAGUAUUACAAGAAAUGAAAUUGGAUAUUAAAAAUGUUGCUGUAUAUUUGUCUAGUCACCAUUUCGCGGGAAAUGUAAUAAUCUAUCGAGAUGGACAAGGAAUUUGGUAUGGAAGGGUUACACCUUGUCAUGUUAGAAAGAUUAUCGAAAGAACAGUUCUAGAAGGAAAAAUUAUUAAUGAAUUAUAUCGAGGAUCAGUAGGUAAUGAUGAUAAUAGUAAUACUUUUAUUAAUAAAAAGUUGGAUUGGUAA